AUGUUAGCCGGCAGAUUUUCCCAUUCGUCCUUUUUCGUCCAAUGCUUCUUUGGGUGUCAGCAUCAUGGCCAAAUUCCGGACAAGGAGAGGACAGCCCUGAUUGAGAGUUUCCUUAUGUUACUGCAAAGCUCUGCUACUCACGUCGACAAACUGGAGCAAGAAGACUCGAGAACUCCCGGCUUCUUAAGUACCAUUUUUGUGGCCUAUUGGCGGCAAGAGAUGGAUUACCAAAAAUGGUGGAGAAGCGAACCAGUGAAGCAAUUCUGGAAAUCUCUCCCAGAUAAUGCAGGCUUCUGGAGGGAAAAAUUGGCGUUCCCCGCCUCGAGAGUUAUGGCCGAGACCAAUCACCACCUCAAGAACGGAUUUUCCCACGUCGCGGACUUUGAGCCACUGGUUGAAAAAACCGGAUACUGGGGCGCUUAUCGUGACCGUAUCGAAGAGUCGACAUCAGAUGACAAACUGUCCUCCCCACUUGAGCUUGCUGUCCCUACCGAAGAGCACCGGCCUCAAAUUAAGUUGGGUCGUACCGCGUUCGACAAGUUCCCUGACAAUAUUUGCUUCGUCGUUGAGGGUCAAGACUAUGGUUCAAUGGGUUCUACGGAAAAAGACUACUGGUUUGAGAACUUGGAGAAGCUUUCCGAUGAUUGGAUCAUGACCACGAUCACCACAGGUCAUAAAGAUGGCAUACUCUCUGCUCGGCUAUGCCACGACCCUUCAAGUGGCCCAAUCAAGCCUGCUACCGCAGGAGAAUCCGUACCCAAGGCGAAGGCAUUAACGUUGAAUCGACGGAUAGAAUACUUCUACUUUCUGGACAUGUCUUACAUGGAGCGAAUUGGUCGUAAAUACAAAACACAUGUGGCACUUCGACGCAAAUUUAUGGAGGUAUAUGGGCCAGGUGGUCCGAUGGAAGGUGGAAAACUGGUUUUAUGGGUAGAUCUGGGAAUCUUAAAAGGACAAAAAAUGGAAGCUGAGUAUGUUGGAUGUUUCGAGGGAACCGGCUUCUUGGCAUAUGAAGAUCACCCUGGAUUUGCGACUAAGACAGACUUCGGAGAAGUGUAG